AACGAAUAAGAAAGCUGAAGGCACUGACUGAACAGCUUGUCUAAUCCAUCUCUUCUUGGUUUUUCGUUUUCUUUUAGCUGAUACACCGAGAUCAAAUGCCAGAAUAUUAUGUUUCGAUUUGGUGUCAGUUGUGUUUAACGUGAACUAUACGGUCGCCAGACACGGAUUAGCUCGUCAUUGAAGAGAACAACUUGAGCAUGGAAGGAGCUCAAUACAAGUGUCUGAUCUUUCUUUUCAUCUUUUCUUCUUUGAUAACAGGUGCUUUUUUUCAAAACAACAGCUUCCCAAGAACGUCAGAUGCAGCUCCUGAUUGUUCUCCUCAACUAACGUCUGCAAAAGCAGCCUCGUCCACAAGUAUCAACGUCUCCUGGACUCCACUUCUUGGUAGAGAGUGUAUUAAUGGUAGGUUACGUGGUUACAAGGUAAAGUACAGUUUGUCAACAACAAGAACCACGGUUCAAUACAGUACUACCUACAAUCCCCAACAAAUAUCAGAAGUGGUGGAAAGACUUGAAAAAUACACACGAUACAGAUUUCAAGUACUGGCCUUCAAUGGCAAGGAUGGUCCAUAUAGUAAUGCAACAGAAGCAACUACCUUGGAAGAUGCUCCAGAUUGCUUUCCUCGACUUACUCGUACCACACCCACUUCAUCCACAUCUGUAUACGUCUAUUGGACACCACUGCAUAGGAAUGCAAAGUGCAUCAAUGGAGUGUUGAAAGGAUACAAGGUAGCCUACAAAAUAUCUGGAAGAAAUUACAAGUUACAGUACGUCGAUGUGAAACAACCGACUGCUCGAUCGUUUCUGGUGACAAGACUUCAGAAAUUCACAACCUAUUCAUUCCAAUUACUGGCAUACACUAUCAAGGACGGUCCACUGAGUAAUGCACGGCAUCUAACAACUUUACAAGAUGCUCCAGAUUGCUCUCCUCGACUAACUCGUAUCACACCCACUUCAUCCACAUCUGUAUACGUCUACUGGACUCCACUGGAUAGGAAUACAAACUGCAUUAAUGGAGUGUUGAGAGGAUACAAGAUAGCCUACAAAGUAUCAGGAAGAAAUUACAAGUUACAGUAUGUCGAUGUGAAACAACCGACUGCUCGUUGGAUUCCGGUGACAAAACUUCAGAAAUUCACAACCUAUUCAUUCCAAGUACUGGCAUACACUAUCAAGGACGGUCCACUGAGUGAUGCACGGGAUGCAACAACUUUAGAAGAUGCUCCAGAUUGCUCUCCUCGACUUACUCGUAUCACACCCACUUCAUCCACAUCUGUAUACGUCUACUGGACUGCACUGGAUAAGAAUACAGAGUGCAUUAAUGGAGUGUUGAAAGGAUACAAGGUAGCCUACAAAAUAUCAGGAAGAAAAUACAAGUUACAGUAUGUCGAUUGGAAACAACCGACUGCUCGUUGGAUUCCGGUGACAAGACUUCAGAAAUUCACAACCUAUUCAUUCCAAAUACUGGCAUACACUAUCAAGGACGGUCCACUGAGUGAUGCACAGGAUGCAACAACUUUAGAAGAUGAACCUGAAGCUGCUCCAGAAGCAUUGCAUAUAUUGAAAAUCAAUACCACGACUUACACCGCUACUUGGAAUGAAGUACCUGAACACUUGAGAAAUGGUAUAAUAAUAAAUUACGAAGUGAGAUGGAUCAUGAUACGAAAAGGAAACCAAGCAGUCGCAGGACAAACCCAUAGUAGUGGUAAAGUAGAUGGCUCCUCUUAUACGAUUCAUGGGUUAUCAUUGUGUGCACAGUACAGCAUAUCCGUUAGGGCGUAUACACGUAUUGGACCUGGACCAUACAGUGCACCAGUCAACAUAACCACACAACCACCUGGUGCACCAACACAUUUUAUGGCGUCCUUUAAGAAGAAAAACACUGUCCUACUUAAAUGGGAAAAGCCCGCUAAUAUCAAAGAUCCGCUUCAGUCUUAUACUGUAAAAUACGAAGCCUCGAAGUCUUAUUGGAAUGGUUAUAAAAACGAAAGGUCAUACAAACAAAGCACCACAAGUCUCACUAUCACCAAUCUUAUACCAUUGACCAACUACACAUUCAAAGUCUUUGCCACUACUGCAUGUGGUGACAGCCCUGAAAGCACCACUAACAUAACUACAGCAAUAGACCGCCCUGUGGCUCCUCUAGCUCAAGUCAAAUAUCAUAAUGAUACAGGGACAGUAGUAAAUAUUACGAUUCGGAAAGCUGAGCAAAGAAACGGUCCAAUAAGUGCAUACCAAAUAAUUAUUCUGCGCCUCCAAGAUGAAGUAACAACUACAUCCAUGUUGCCAUCAAAUUAUACAGAACAUAUUUUCAAUCAUUCCACUGCUGCAGAUAAAAACCUCCAUUAUUACAUCACCGCGGAACUGCCAGCAGAAACAUUUGAGUCCAAAACUAAAGUGGUUACUAUUGGCGAUGGGACUGUAUUUAACAACAUGUACAAGAACGUUGCUUUAAAGAAAGGCCAACGAUAUCAAAUACUUGAACGAGCAUUGUCUUUCUACAACGAGACAAUAUUGUAUGGUAGAGAGGCUUUAAUUUCAUUCAUCAGUGUAGAACGCGCUUCAGUAAAAAUAGCGAAAAGUAAAAGUUCCCUGUCGGCUGGUGGUGUGAUAGGAAUCCUGGUUGCUGUAGCGUUGGUGCUGGUGAUUAUUAUCGUUGGAGCUCUGAUAUGGAGAAGGAGGCAGAAUAAAAAAGAAAAUAUACCAGUACCUUUGCACGUACUUAAUAUGGAACAUCAGCGUGAAGAAAACGUUGUGACUGGUAACGUAUAUGGUGACGAAGAUAGUCAAGCCAUCCAAGUGGACGAGUUCUCAGAAUUUAUUACAAUGAAUCGAUGCAAUGAUUUUGCUGUACUGAAGCAAGAAUAUAAGAUGGCACCUAAUCAUCAGUUUUCAUGGACUAUUGCUAAGAAACCCGUCAACACAAAUAAAAAUCGAUAUGGAAACAUUGUACCUUGGAUACGCAAAGAAACCGAAAGCUUACAUCGCAACUCAAGGCCCUUUGACUCAAACGUUCAACGACUUUUGGAAGAUGAUUUGGGAACAGAAAGCUUCUUCCAUUGUCAUGCUUACAAACCUUCUUGAACUUGGAAAGCGAAAAUGUCACCAGUAUUGGCCUGAUGAGUCUGCGCAGUAUGUUGACAUAACCGUAACCAAUCAUAAGACCGAAGUGUUCGCGGAUUAUGUGCUGCGUACCUUCAUCUUGUCAAAAGAAAAUCAAUCAACGACUCGACGGGUUCUGCAGUUCCACUUUAUYGCGUGGCCAGACAAGGGUGUCCCUCAACAUGCAACUGCUGUUCUUGCGUUUAGACGAAAGGUACGCGCGUUGACUCCCGAGGACACUGGCCCUCUUGUCGUCCACUGCAGUGCUGGUGUUGGAAGAACUGGAGCAUUCAUAAUGAUUGACGCAUUGCUCGAACAAGCAAAGGAGGAGGAGUGUGUUAACGUGUUCGGAUACCUCAAGUCAAUCAGGCAAGACAGGCCAAACAUGGUGCAAACUGAAGAACAGUACGUGUUUGUUCACCUGGCAUUAAACGAGGCAAUCUCCUGUGGCAACACAGAAAUACAAGUCCACAACCUUCUUAUUGCUACACAAAAACUGUCCAAUAUCGACCAACAACAAAAUGCGACGGGAUACGCCCUCGAGUUCAAGAAACUUGGUGUMGUAACUUCCCAAGAACCAGAAGACGAUUGUGAUGCCGGUAAUGCACCUGAAAAUGCCAAGAAAAACAGACAUACAGACAUCGUUCCUGCAAAUAGAUGUCGUGUUAUGCUCAGUACAAAGGAUGACAGCCAAAAGGACUACAUUAAUGCUGUCUUUAUUGACGCUUACAGGGAACGUAAUGCAUUCAUAAUGACACAAGCUCCCAUGGAAAACACGAUAGCAGAUUUCUGGAGAAUGGUUAUGGACUACGAGAUAGGAACCAUCGUCAUGCUGAACAAUUUGCAGGAAGGAGAUGAGACCUUCCCUCAAUACUGGCCAGAAGAAGGAAGUAACACGUAUGGCGAAGUACGAGUGCAGUAUCUAAGUUCUUGUAAGAUGGURGGGUUUUUGAUGCGGGAACUUCAAGUCUCAACAAAAAUGACAAGCAGAACUAUCAAGCACUUCCAGCAUGUCACGUGGGUAGACAAGUGUGUUCCUGCCAAUCCACAAAGUAUUUUACAGUUGUUGGAAGAGGUUCAGAGAUCUCAGCAAAAGUGUGCCAACGCACCAGUCCUGGUUCAAUGCAGUAACGGUGUUGSUCGUAGCGGUACAUUCKGUGCUAUUGCUUCAUGUCUUGAACGAGUCAAACAAGAACAAGUAUUGGACGUCUUUCAAACCGUUAAGAGUAUUCGUGUCAACAGACCAGGAGCCGUAGAAACAUUGAUCCAGUAUGUCUUCUGCUACCAGAUCAUUCAGAAAUACCUGGACUCAUUCAAUGCGUACGAUAACUUCAAUGGCUGAACAGAAUAUUCUCGAUGUUGGAUCGGAGCACCAACCCAGUUUUUCUUCCCCAUUAAAGAUAUGCAAACUUGAUAACCAGCGAACGUUCUAUGUUAUAAAAAUGAAUAUUAAGUGGUCCAUAUUAUGCUAUAAUAAAGCAUUGUUAAUUUUUAGAUGGUGAUUUAGUGGACAUCAAUAAGAGCUUUUGAUGAGCUGUCGCAUAGCGUAUUUCAGCUCUUGAAUUUUAAAAUAGAUAUGCAUGAGUGCAAUAACAUAGAAAGACGUUGAAUAAGUAGGUGAUAAAAUUGAAGUGUAUUUUGCAAUGUGUUUGUCAAUGAAUCUUGCUAUAUUUUCUAAA